GGUGUGAAGGAAGUCAGAGAGCUGACGAAAGCACGGAGAAGGAAGGGGAAGUCACCAACUGAAGGCUUUGCUAUGUCUGUAGGCCGCGGCUCUAAUACAGUGGCAGUCUGAGAGUUUUUCUUCCUUCUUUCCCUUCACAAUGAACUCUCUGGAACAGGCAGAAGAUCUUAAGGCUUUUGAAAGGAGGCUGACUGAAUACAUUGCUUGUCUACAACCAGCAACUGGACGAUGGAGAAUAAUUCUUAUAGUGGUAUCAGUCUGUACAGCAACAGGGGCAUGGAACUGGCUAAUUGACCCUGAAACACAGAAGGUAUCUUUUUUCACCUCUUUGUGGAACCAUCCAUUCUUCACCAUCAGCUGUAUUACUCUCAUAGGGUUAUUUUUUGCUGGAAUACAUAAAAGAGUGGUGGCACCUUCAAUCAUAGCGGCUCGAUGUCGGACGGUCUUGGCAGAAUACAAUAUGUCUUGCGAUGAUACUGGAAAGUUAAUAUUGAAACCCCGGCUUCAUGUCCAAUGACACACGGUUUGCCUUCAGCUCUGUCUGCCGUCAUGCAAACAUGACACAAAGGACUUUUCCUCGACCCAGUGAGGACAAAAAGGACUGUGCGGUGUGCUCACGCGUGUAUGGCAGUGUCUUAAUGGUUGACAGCAGACGUGGGAAACAUUGGCUGUGGUGCAUCUCCUUGCCUUCUGCGUCCCGUGCGUUUGCAGUAUUGGUAUCCCUUUAACACAGAAUAUGAGACUCGCUUGUUUUUAUAAUGUACAGAUCACUGUAAAUAGAAAAUGGAACCAGUAUUUGAAGAAGUCCUUACAUUUGCCAUUCACAUUGUACGAUUAUUGAUAGCCGAAUCCAAUUCCUGGCUUAUCUUGUCCGCCACCAGUAGCAAAGCCCUAUCCGAAGAUAACGUCUCUGUACAUGUUAGUUUUUGUCACAUAGGAUACAACGGCCUCAUUCACACAAAGAA